GUUACAGUCCCAGUCAGGAAGUAACACUAAAUAUGUUUAGCAUGUAAACAAAAGUUGCUCAAUCCUGAGUCUUUUACGCUCACCGCACAGUUUUUGCCAUUAACUAUGAGCUUUGACUUUUCUACCGUAGGAAGGUUCAGUGAACCAGCUCCGUGAUUCCACAGAUUUAUGUCGGCCUGACGUCCUCUUUUAGCCCCAGUUAGCCGCCUAGCUUACCGUGUAGGUAUCUGGUUAUAAGCUGCAUACAGAGUCUACCCGAUCACCCCGAAGAAGAUGAACGAGAUCCCUAAUGGCAGACAGCCUGUAUCCUGCACGGUGAAACCUCCAGUCUAUUUGCAGAUCGGAGAGUCCAAAGCUGAAACGACUCAGUUUGGUGUCUGUGUGGUCGAUGUCAUCCUCCCCUUUGGAAAACCUGUCAGUAUUGAGGAAAUCACCUUUAAGAACUACUACACUGCCUACAUUACUGUACGUUUGUUGAGGAGGACUUCUGGACAGGAUGGCCCAACUAAAUGGUGUACUGCUCUAAGAGACCUGCUCCUGAUGGACAACCCCCACACUGAGAGGGGGUCCCAAGACUACUACUCCAUCCACAGGAAGCAGAUGCUGGUGGAUGCAGAUCAUGUGGUGUCAGUGAGACUGAUCCUAAGACAGCCGUCCUGCGCCUGGCUGACCUUCAGCCUGGAAGAGAUCAAAAUAUUCCCCCACAUGGAGCCGGAGCCAAAGAAAGAGGUCUCUGAUUGGUUGUCUGAUCUGAUUCUAGUUGAUCAGCACCUUAAUGCAGAGGGCCUCCCAGACCCUCAGACAGUUUCAUCCAGUAUCCAGCAGAUGUGGGCUCUGACUGAGGUGAUGCAGACUAACCAGACUACAGCCUCCAUUGGGCGUUUUGAUGUGGACGGAUGCUACGAUAUCAACUUACUGUCUCUGACGUAAAGUGGCUUUCAGCGACUGAAGAAAACAGAGUUAAACUGUGAAGACAGAGACCAUCAUGAUAUUCACUGAUGAUUUUUCACUUUUCAUUGAGCUGCACUCAGAUUACAUUCACAUUAUAUGAUCAUAUAACGGUAUUCAAACAUGUAUUCAAGUUUUAAAAUAUGAAAAGUGCACCAAACGUUUAACUAAACAGUAUCAAUUUAACUCCUCAGUCUCCAGUGUUACUCAGAUUCUGAUUUUAGUCAGUUAUUGUCAGAAUUGAUAGAAGUUGCUUAUACUGUAUAUCCUUCAUUAAAUGUAAAUUAUCCCUUCUUCAUCAUCUUUACUUCAUCUCAUAUUAAGCAAUUUAAUUUGAACUGGAACUUAUUGUGUUUUUGGUGGAAAUACUAAUAAUACACACUGCUAAAGACAAAGAAAACUACGUAAUGUACACUAUGGUAAAGCUGAACAAAGUAACACCAUUUUUCAUAGUAUUAACAUUUAGAGUCGUAAAUUAGGUCAUGUAAAACAAAGCCAGAGUGAUUCACUGAUUUCAUCAUCUUCAUAAGAUUUGGAUUGUUUGUAACAAUUUAGUAGUUUUAGCAUAACAUUAUCUGUUUGUGGCAAUAAGAGUUUUGCAGACUAAGGACAACAAUCAAUAUUAGAAAUACUGUAUUUUCACUUCUGACAGCAGAGAUGUUUGUGACAGAAGCCGGCUGGUGUGUGUGAUGCAUGAACUAACAACAUUAACAUGAGCAUCUAUGGAUUAAUCGGUUCCAGAGGUUCUGUUUAAAAAUAAAGGAACAGUGUAUAGUGAGAAAUAAAAUAAUGAGACACAACAA